AUGGACAUGUCCAACGUACAAUGGUGGGCGAAGCCGGCCCCGACCAUGACUGCCCCCGCGAACCAGCAGCUAAGCAACAACGGCUUCACGAUACCAGGCCUUGGCAAUGUCUCCAAUGCCGCCGAUGUACCCUUUGAUGGGUCUCGCCCCCGGGCGAUUCCUCUACCCAAGCGACCCGUCGCCGCAGGCCAAUCUACAACCCGGAAGAAGAGGCCUCACACACCAUCUGGCGUCGCAUCAAACAGCCGCGAUAAGAUCAUGGCUCCCAGCGCCGCGUCCGGCGGCGUCCCCGACCCAACCCCGGAAUACCUCCACCGCGCCUCCCUCCCGUCGACCCUCCUCCCCACCCCGCGCCCCAUCCUCGUCGUCAUGGACCUCAACGGUACACUCCUCCACCGCCCGAACCGGCGCCAGGCGACCUCCUUUGUCGAGCGGCCACACGCCCGGCGCUUUCUGCAGUAUUGCCUCGAUACUUUUCACGUCGUCGUAUGGUCUUCGGCCCGUCCCGGCAACGUCCAGUCCAUGUGCGACCAACUCCUCCUGGGCCCACCUGGCGGCGGCGCGGGCGGCGGCGGCCACGCCGACAGAGGCUCAUACCGCCGCCGGGUCCUCGCCGUCUGGGGUCGCGACCGCUUCGGCCUGACGGAAGCCGACUACCAGCUCCGCGUGCAGGUCUACAAGCGUCUGGAAUUAGUCUGGCGUGAGAAGAACGUGCAGGCGGCGCACCCAGACGCGGCAUACGGCGGCCGUUGGGACCAGACCAACACCGUGCUGGUCGAUGACUCGUCCGAGAAGGCGCGCAGCGAGCCGUACAACCUCCUCCGGGUCCCCGAGUUCUUUGGCAACGCUAACGAGCCGGGCUACAUCGUGCCCCAGAUCCACGACUACCUCAACGCCCUGUGCCAUCAGUCCGACGUUAGCGCUUACAUGCGCGAGAACCCGUUCGAGGUUAGGAAGGACUACAAACUUGCGCCAAUCGAGCAGUGA